GAUCGUCGGGUCGCUUUGGUAACUAACCCUCUAUGUGACCAAUGCAAUACUAGUACUGGAUACAUAGACGGCAUUAGCGGCCCAUCAGUAAUACACUCCGUCACUAUCGUCAGCGGUUCUUAGUUUAGCGUUGGUGCUGUGUUGGUCCUUUCAGCCUAAAUGGUGGUGUUGUAAGUUGUUUUUAUACCUGUUUUGGAUCUUUUUGUGGUGUAAAGGUUCAGACUUUGUUAGUUGGGAAGAGAGAUGGCCGAUAAAAAUGAAGUUUUGGAGGCUGUUCUGAAGGAAACUGUGGAUUUGGAAAACAUACCCAUUGAGGAAGUGUUUGAGAAUUUGAGAUGUAGCAGAGAAGGUCUAACAGCUGAGGCUGCAGAGGAGAGGCUUGCCAUUUUUGGACACAACAAGCUUGAAGAGAAAAAGGAGAGCAAAUUCCUGAAGUUUUUGGGUUUUAUGUGGAAUCCUCUCUCAUGGGUCAUGGAAGCUGCUGCUAUCAUGGCCAUUGCUCUUGCCAAUGGAGGAGGAAAGCCCCCUGAUUGGCAAGACUUUGUGGGUAUUAUCACUCUGCUUAUCAUAAACUCCACCAUCAGUUUCAUUGAGGAAAACAAUGCCGGUAACGCUGCAGCUGCUCUCAUGGCUCGUCUUGCCCCUAAAGCCAAGGUUCUUCGAGAUGGGAGAUGGAGUGAGCAAGAUGCAGCUGUUUUAGUCCCUGGUGACGUAAUUAGUAUAAAACUUGGAGAUAUUAUUCCAGCUGAUGCUCGAUUACUGGAAGGUGAUCCACUUAAAAUUGACCAGUCUGCACUCACUGGUGAAUCCCUCCCAGUAACAAAAGGCCCUGGAGACGGUGUGUACUCUGGUUCUACUUGUAAACAGGGAGAGAUUGAAGCUGUGGUCAUUGCCACUGGUGUCCAUACCUUUUUUGGAAAGGCUGCUCACCUUGUUGAUAGUACUAAUCAAGUUGGCCAUUUCCAAAAGGUUUUGACUGCAAUAGGAAAUUUCUGCAUAUGCUCAAUUGCUGUGGGGAUGAUAAUAGAGAUUGUUGUCAUGUAUCCAAUUCAAGACCGCCGGUAUCGUCCUGGAAUUGACAACCUUCUUGUGCUUCUCAUUGGUGGAAUUCCCAUUGCCAUGCCCACUGUUUUGUCUGUUACCAUGGCUAUUGGUUCUCAUAGGUUAUCUCAACAGGGAGCUAUCACAAAGAGAAUGACUGCAAUUGAAGAGAUGGCAGGCAUGGAUGUGCUUUGCAGUGACAAGACAGGAACUCUGACAUUGAACAAACUCACUGUGGACAAAAAUCUUAUUGAGGUUUUUGCUAAAGGAGUAGAUCCAGACACUGUUGUUUUGAUGGCAGCAAGAGCCUCUAGAACAGAAAAUCAAGAUGCAAUUGAUUCUGCUAUAGUUGGCAUGUUGGCUGAUCCAAAGGAGGCGCGUGCUGGUAUACGAGAAGUACAUUUCCUUCCAUUCAACCCUACUGAUAAGCGAACAGCCCUGACUUAUAUUGAUGGUGAAGGUAAAAUGCACAGAGUCAGCAAAGGUGCACCAGAGCAGAUUUUACAUCUUGCGCACAAUAAGUCAGACAUUGAAAGGAGAGUUCAUUCUGUGAUUGAUAAGUUCGCAGAGCGAGGUUUACGAUCACUUGCAGUGGCAUACCAGGAAGUUCCAGAGGGAACAAAAGAGAGUCCUGGUGGUCCAUGGCAGUUCAUUGGUCUUAUGCCUCUCUUUGAUCCCCCCAGGCAUGAUAGUGCCGAGACAAUUAGGAGAGCUCUGAACCUCGGGGUAAAUGUUAAAAUGAUCACAGGAGACCAACUGGCAAUAGGAAAGGAAACUGGACGCCGUUUGGGUAUGGGAACCAACAUGUAUCCUGCAUCUGCUUUGCUGGGACAGGACAAGGAUGAGUCCAUUGCUGCUUUGCCAGUUGAUGAACUAAUAGAAAAAGCUGAUGGAUUUGCUGGUGUCUUUCCUGAGCACAAGUAUGAAAUAGUAAAACGCUUGCAAGCUAGGAAACAUAUCUGUGGAAUGACUGGUGAUGGAGUUAAUGAUGCUCCUGCUCUUAAGAAGGCUGACAUUGGGAUAGCUGUUGCUGAUGCAACUGAUGCAGCUCGUAGUGCCUCUGACAUUGUCCUUACUGAACCUGGCCUUAGUGUCAUCAUUAGUGCUGUCUUAACAAGUCGUGCCAUAUUCCAGAGAAUGAAGAAUUACACUAUUUAUGCAGUUUCCAUUACAAUCCGUAUUGUGUUGGGAUUCAUGCUGCUGGCCCUUAUAUGGAGAUUUGACUUUCCCCCAUUCAUGGUGCUUAUCAUUGCCAUCCUAAAUGAUGGUACCAUUAUGACUAUAUCAAAAGACAGGGUGAAACCAUCUCCUCUGCCAGAUAGCUGGAAGCUGGCGGAAAUUUUUACAACUGGAAUUGUUCUGGGUGGUUACUUGGCAGUGAUGACAGUUAUAUUCUUUUGGGCUGCUUACAAAACAAACUUCUUUCCGCGUGUUUUUGGGGUGUCAACUCUGGAGAAAAGAGCUCAUGAUGACAUCCGAAAGCUUGCCUCUGCAAUUUACCUGCAAGUGAGCAUUAUCAGUCAGGCACUAAUAUUUGUGACACGAUCUCGAAGUUGGUCUUAUGUUGAGCGCCCUGGAUUGUUACUAAUGGCAGCUUUUGUGGUUGCUCAGUUGAUUGCUACUCUGAUUGCGGUCUAUGCAAACUGGAGCUUUGCUGCAAUUGAAGGGAUUGGAUGGGGUUGGGCUGGCGUGAUCUGGCUUUAUAAUAUCAUUACCUAUAUCCCACUUGAUUUCAUCAAGUUCUUCAUACGUUAUGCGCUCAGUGGUAGGGCCUGGGAUCUUGUUAUUGAGCAAAGGAUUGCAUUUACAAGGCAAAAAGAUUUUGGAAAGGAACAACGUGAGCUGCAAUGGGCACAUGCACAAAGAACACUGCAUGGGUUGCAGGCGCCUGACACCAAAAUGUUUACGGAGAGAACUCAUUUCACAGAGCUCAAUCAAAUGGCUGAGGAAGCCAAACGAAGAGCUGAAAUUGCAAGGCUAAGAGAACUCCACACAUUGAAGGGUCAUGUAGAAUCAGUGGUGAGACUGAAGAACCUGGACAUUGACACAAUCCAGCAAGCUUAUACAGUCUAGAAGAAAUCUUCUGCAUCUGUCAGACAUCAAUAACAUCAUUUUGCCUAUGACGACGUGAUUAUCAUGUUGUGGAUAGCCUGUCAACUUCUUCCAAAGUUCUUGUCUUCACAGUGCACAAGAGUGCUGCGGUUAAGCUUACCUAUUAUUUCCUUUAUAAUUCCUCUUGUGCUACCCCGUUUCAUAUCCUAAAUCUACAUUAGGGAAUGGAAGUGGAUUAUUUAUGGUCAGAUCACUUUAUGUUUAUAUUAGUAACUUGUAUGACCUUUUUCAUCCUUCUUUAUGUUGUAUUAAGAACAAACUCAUGAUAGCUUAUCGUUUCUAUAGUUCCUAAUACUUGGGAUUAUUAUUACAUAUUACAAACUCGUUUUUAUUAAUCCAUGAGAAUAUCGUGGUAUUUUCUUCUCAAUGGUUGUGUUAUAUACAACAAGAGUUAAACCUCUUUUGUCAUUCAUCUUUCUCUAUCAAUAAAAUCAUUAUCUGCAC